AUGGGAGAACGUCUAAAGGCAGCAUUGAGAGGUUACCUAAAAUAUAGACUGAUAAUGAGAAUCAUUUGGGCGUUUGUAGGAGUAGUCGUGGGAAUCGCUGGUUGCAUCGUAUUCGCUAAAGUAUAUCACAACUACAAUGCCGCCAUCUGGGCUGGAGUCUCUGCACUGUUUGCGGUUGUUUUCCUACACUUGCAUUUUGCGGUUCGCCGAGAUAUUGAAAGAAUCAUUCCAAGGUCGAAAUUCACCGUGAUAAUGUACAUUGGGCUGACAGGAUUGAUUGCGGGAGUGGUAGGUUUUUUCACAAAUCUUGCCCUCGGAAUUCAUCGUCACGAAACAGGUAUUUUGAUAGUCGUUUUAAUCCAACCGUCCCGAACCCCACCCCCAACCCAAUUGAGGUUGUUUUUUAGGUGACUUUUAAGUCUGAAUGGACUUGGUCGAUACCAUACCAUGCAUGAAGUGCAUUUAUGAGAUGCUGGAACAGAUGCUGGAAUUGCUAUUUUACGAUUGAGUGUCAAAAUGGGCUGUUGCGUAAUAUUUUAAUUUCCUCCCACCCCGGUUGAAGACCAAUGGAAUUGUUCAGGGGUAUUUUAUAAAAAUUCAGGAUUUCUUUAGAGGUAGAGUUAAAAAAUAUGGAAUUUUUGGGGGGUGAAGUUGUACAGUACCGCAAAUGAUCCCCAGACCACAAUUGAUCCCCAAAAUGGAUCGUAAAUGAUCCUCUACAGUGAAUUAACCCCAUUGUUGACUGCAAAUGAUCGCGAGAGGAAAAUCAAAAUGGCUUGGCAGUGGCGUAGCUACCCAUACCCACUGUACGCAAGUGCAUACCUGAAAAAGUUGUGCACAAAAAAGAUAUAAAAUGAAUAAAUAAUAUAAAAUAAAAAGUUAUCUCUAAAAAGAUAGCAAAAUAUCUAAGAAUAAUUAUUUUAAGAGCACAGUUUGCCUCAAUUUAGUCAACUCUGGUUAUUUCUUUGAAGUAUAUUUUUUUCCUAAAACAACGGAUUUUUUUCUUCUCCACCCAAAUGUCGGUUUCCAGAGAAAUGAGGUAAUUCAUUAAUGGAGAGAAUCUUGAAUGACAUACUGUAAAAUUCCGAAAAUAAGCCCCGGGGCUUAUAUUUUUCAAAGGCCUUUUUUGAGGGGCUUAUUUUUGGAGGGGCCUAUAUUCGGAGGGGCUUAUGUACGGAGGGAAAUUUGCGUUUCAAAAUUGACUGAGCUAGCUUGUAGUGGAAAGGAAAUUUACCAUUUUUGCUUUGUGUUACUUUGUAUUCGAGGGCAAAUUCCAAGUACAAGUCCCCCGGGGGGGCUUAUAUUCGGAGGGGCGAUUUAACAGAGGGUUGUUUGCGUUAUGAUUUUGGGGGGCUUAUAUUUGGAGGGGCUUAUAAAUGGAGGGAAUUAUUUUCGGAAUUUUACGGUAUAUCUCUAGUGAAAAGAUGGGAGGCACACAUCGAUAAAUUCUGGGACAAUGACGGUGAAGGCAAUGAGAACACAAACGAAACGAGCCCAAUAAGUAGAUGAAAAACAACAAAUUUCUCACACGCAGUGUGCUUUUCUUUACAGCCUGUAAUCUGUGAACACAAUGUUAAAUUUCCUUUUGUGACAUUGUUUGGAGGACAUUGUUUAGAGGGCCACGAGUUUACUAGUUUCUGCAACUAUUCUGUGCUACCCUCUUUAAAUAAAGUUAUUUAUUAUUAUUAUUUUUAAAAAGUUCAAUUUCUUCUCUGGGUCCAAACAUGCCAUUUUAAGAGAGCUGAAAUAAACACAAAAAAAAAAGUUUUAAAAAAACGUGCAUUCAUUUUGAUAGCUAGGGACAUUGCUGUUGUCGUUGCUAAGAUGCCCUAUAUUCAUAAACGUGACAUUUCCAUUUUGGUUUUACCGCAAACUCGUACGAUAAAAUGCGGGAAAGUAUACUGAUUCACUGGACAAAUUGUUUGCACUACAGAACAUUGCAAAUUUGCAAGCCAUCAGAUUCACUUCAGAUUUCAGAUUCAAACUCUAUAGAGACUUGACCAAAACAAAACAUUUUCGACAAAACAAACCCAGUAACAAAAUUACUGGGAUUCCUGACGAAUCCAGAAAAGUAUGUAGCCUUGUUGUGCAUCAGUCAAUAGACCCAUCUCGCAACAAAGUAUUUUAUAAAUUGCUAAUGUCAUUUUGUAUGCAGGAAAAAAUUCUUAGGCUUACAACAUAACCAAAUCUUUAAUCAAGGAAGUUUUUUUUUUAGGGGGGGAGGCAAAAUGAUUUGGAGAAUUGUGCGUACCUCUGAAAAAAUCCCAGUUACGCCCCUGCUUGGACUCAAGUUACUGAACCAUCAUGUCUAGUUUAUUAUCACAAUAAAUUUGGCUUCACAAAUAGUUGGAAAAAAGAAAGUAACUGUAAAACUACAUUCAAAACUUUGUCACAGUAUCCAAUGAAACACAAAUAAUAAAUGUAAACAAGACAUUAAAAUUAAAAAGUAUCAAUGAAAAAAAAAAUAGCACUUGAAAAGCAAUGCAGUGUCAUAUUGCUUAAUUACUGGUAAACAUAAUUACUGUGGAACUCACAAAACUGUGAACACCAGAAGUAUUUAUAGAAUGUUAUUGUGUUGCGAGAAAUUGACCAAUAAGGCGUAAGAUAACUAAACCACAGAUAGCAACAGUAAUUAGUUUGUGGUUUUGAGGUUUGCUUGCAUAUCCUGAACUUUAUUGUGAUUGGCCAGUACGCAAUCAACAUUCCUGAAAAUUUUCAGGUGUUCAUGGUUUUCUGAGUUUGACAGUAAGCUGAACUGAACAAAACUCCAACAUACUGUACUUAAAUUAGAAAUAAUAUCUUCUAAGAAGAAAUUUCCCAAAUCCAGUGCGCAUGUAUGGAAUACUCAGUAUCAACUUAGGAAAAUGAUAAUUUUUGUGACUGCAAAAGUCUCUGAAACUGACCCCAAAUAAAAAUGUGCUGUAAUGUGACCCCUCUUUGAAGAAUUCUGACAUAGGCACAAAAAAUUACACUUACUUGUUCCUCUGUUUCUCAUUCCCUGAUUUUGUAUCUUUGUCACUGUCUCCAGCAGCAAAGGCACAAGAAAUGAAUACACACACUUGCACCAAUAACUUACUUAUAGCUAGUCAUGACAUUUUCACUAGCUGUAGCUGCUAGAAAUUACCGGAAACCUGUACAGAGCGACAAAUUCAUAUGGGGUCAUAUUUCUGCAUUCCUCAGCGUUAAAAUAAAAGACAAGUUUCCUGCUUGACGUCCUUAAAUUCCUGUCUUAGAUUUUCACAGCAAAGUUCAACAUCAAUGCUAAAUAGAAAGCAGAAACAAUUGCCUAAAGAAGCAGAAUCGUUAUUUAUCAUUUUAAUUCAGUUCAUUUCAUUGUUUUACCCAUUGUUCAAGUUGACAGCACAAUUUCCAUCCAUGCCUAAAACCCAUUCCAUUCCUCUACUUUUCACAUGAUCAUUUGCAGUCAACAAUGGGGAUCAUUAUUUUGCGGUACUCAUGUACAAAGCUUUAAGACAGAAUCCACCAGGACAUUGAGUAAUUUUGAUUUUUAGUGGACAAAAAUCUUGUACCAGAAUAAUUUAAAGCAUAUUAUUGCAUUCUUUCUUACAUUUUUCAAGGGCUAAAGCUGUAAUAAAUCAUCUGUAGUAACACCAAAAAAAAAAUUCUUAUGGGAGCCCGAGAAAGUGAAUGUCAAUUUUCACAAAAUUACAUCUUACACAUUAAAUUUUCAGAAUUUUAUCUGUGUAAUCACAAUUUUUGUGAAAUUUGACACUCAUUUUCUCAGACUUCCAUGAGAAAUUUUCUCUGGUGUUACUAGAGAUGAUUUAUGACAUCUUUAGUGCUUGAAAAAGGUAAAAAAUAAUGCAAUAUUCUUUAAAAUUAAUUAUUCUGGCACAAGGUUUUUGUCCACAUAAAAUUAAAAAUAUUACUCAAUUUCCUGGUGAAUUCCGUCUUACUUUUUACGAAAUUCUUCAGGGGUAGACCCUUAUUCUUUAGGGAGUAGACCCAAGCCCUAGGAUUCCAAAGUACAUGUAAUGAUCAUGUCAUUACCUUGAUCUUAAAAUAAGGGAGCCAAAAAAUAGUUUCCCAGUGACAUCUGGAUAUAUUCAGGCGAUAUACCACUCAUAUUCUUAACAAGUAGAGCAAUAUUAUUCUUUGGUUAUGACUCAACUUAUAAACAAAAUUAAAACAAUACCGUUAUUCUAUCAUCUGUCAUCUUGAAUUGUUUCCAAAGUGCACUGCACAUUACUGAUGACUCUUACAUGAAAGAUGUUUGACAGUUAACAACAGCGAUUGUUAUGGCUUCCAGUGCCAAGAAAAAAAAUACAUGACUCGAAAAGUUUAAAAAUGUUUAGAAGGUGAUCUUUUGGUGACGAUUUCACUGUUGAAACUGAUGAUGAGGCCUAAAUCUCUUUAAAUAUGAAAAGACAUGACAAAGACAAGAUGUUUAUAGUGAACAUUUCAAGUGAGUAUACUUCUUCAGUUGCAUCGAAGAGGAGUCUGGGGUUUUAGACACUUUAAGGCACACACAUUUAACACUUAAAUUGACCUACCUCUGACAUUUUAAUAGACAUUGAAGUUUUUUUCAUAAAUAAUAGGACACACUGAUGUUCUUUAAUUUUAAAGUAUGUUUAACAACAUGUCUCUGUUCAUUUAAAGAAAUAAAAGUGGGUUACUAUGAAUUUUCGCGGAACCAAAAAAUCAUUACAGAUGGGUUUCCAUGAUCUCGGGCAUGGAACCGAAAAAUAUUGUUAUCCGUGGGAUUUGAAAUCCUAGGGCUUGGUAGACCCAUAUUGUAUGGAAGUCUUCAGGGAUGAAUGUAAUUUUUAUUUGAUCUAAGUUUGGAGGUAAGAAGUCCUUAACCAGGGGAUGGAGGCGGGUGGUGGGGGGGUGCAAAUUUCAAUGAAAUAGCCCUUGUGUGAAAGUAGUUGGAAUCCCUAACUUAUUUCUCCACAGGGCGUCAGUAUCUAAAGUUGGGCAGAAACAACCUGUCAGAAUCAUGCCUUUCCCUUGUCAGUAAGCUUUUCCUCCUCGAAGUGUGAAUGUGUGAAGUAGUCUAUGAGCAGUUUGCAUAUAAAAAUUUGCCACCUCCAAGGAGAGGUGUUAUGUAGUGGAAGGAGAUUUUGGCAAACUGAUUUUCAGUCAUGCAAGCAACCUCAUUCCCAAGGUUCUCUCUAACUCAAGGCAUGAAAUUCAAACUUAUAUAUUUCCAAGAGUUUGCAGCUAAACUAUAUAUAACCAAGCUUCCUUCUUUUGGAAAUUUAUCAAGGUAAACCUGUGGUAUUGUGAACCUGGCUUCCCUCUUUUUAAGGGUAUGAAGGGUUAAUUUAGUGGGACUGAUACCAUUGAACAUGCUUCUACUGGGAGUGACAUUGUUGUUUCUCAUUUUUGACAGGAAUUCAUACAGAUCGAAACUUCAUUGUGUGCGUUUGGAAUUUUAUGACCUUCAAGUGGGGUUUAUUUUCCUUCCUGGCUGCAAGGAAAUUUAGAAUGCUUUACUAUGAAAUUGAUCCCCAAAGUAGAGGCCUUAUAGAGGAAGCCUAAGAAAGUGAGAUGAUGAAAAAAACAAUGCCCUUUAGUUGUGUCCUACAGUAUAUCCAAUAAUAGAGACUGAGGAGCAGCAAGGAGUCAAAGGCCCUGCUGAAAAACAAGGACUCUCAACAUCAAGCUCUUGUUCCCCAACUUCUUCCUUGAUCAAAAAACCUAGAAAUCACCUUUUGCCGAUUUUUUUACCUGAUAUUUUUACAUUAAAUAGCCAGAUUUGGUUGUUUUAUGCUGAAAGGUGGAUUUUUCUCAAAAAGCUUGGUACUUUGCUUAACCCAUUCGCUCCUGGAGAUUUUGCCGAAUAAUGCAUUUUGAGGCUAGGCGAGCGGUUCUCUGGUCACUGUCGUGUUAUAAAGAACUAAAACUUACCACAAAGCCGUUUGCAGGUCUUACACUUAGCAGGUUGAGAUCCAGAUGCAAAAUUUUAGCUUGCAAAGUUCGGGCUUGGGCAGAUAGUUUUUGGGUUUAAAAGUGACACAGCAGUCUUGACUUUUACUUUUCGCUUUCUCUCCUCCCCUCUUUUUUCGCUUUUCUUGCCUCAUUUUCUUUGUCUUGCUGGGCAUUUGGUAGGCUUUAUUUUGGUGGAAAAAGUUUUUAGGAAAACGUUUAGGAUCUUAGGAUUAGAUGAAAGGAAGGGUAGGUGGGUAGUGGAACAAGAUUUUCAUGGAAAUUUUCAGGUCAAUUUUACAUGGUUUUUUGCCUUUUUCUCUGGUGUCUUUAACUGAAUUGUGCUCAUUCUGGUAUGGUUUGAAAGAUCUUUUCACUCUGCCUAAGUUAGCAGACAAAGUUGCUCUUGACUAUUAAAACUGAUGAUGUCACAAGCGGUAGAAAGAACGUGGAUCCGCACGUGUGGUUACGGGCAGCUCGGGUGCGAAUGGGUUAAAGGUUGGAACAAGAUACUACACUGUAUGUAACACUUAUCACGUGCUAACAAUCCCUAGAAAUACUUCUUCAAACAAGCACCAUAUAUAACAGAAUUGUUGCCGACGUUGAUGAUAUAGAGAACAUCACCUUGGGAUCUGUCCAACACAUAUUAGUAGACACCUUAAACUCUUUUAGCCUCAAAGUCAAGAGUGGCUUGCUUAAUUCCCUGGCAACCAUGGUGUAUAAGAUAUAUCAUACAAAAUUCAUGUUUACCUCACUUCAACUUAGAAAGACCAUAAAUACUAAUAAAAAACACCAUAGCCUAGUGCAUGAUGUCAAACGUAAGUUGCUGAAAUGGACGUAAGAGUGCUGUACUGUUGUUGGCCGUGGUUCUUAUAAAACAGUACCAUGGUAAAACAGGUGUGGUUCCAUGCCACCGUUAACUGUUUCUUAUCUCACUGUAAAAUUAAUAAUCCCAUUGGCGGAUCCAGACCCUCAGAUGGGGCGGGGGGGGGAGUCUCAAGAAAAAUUUUUUCGGCCCUUUGGACCUCAGUUUGUUCUAAAAUAAGGGGGACCCCCCUGGACCCACCACUGAAUCCAGCAUUUAGGCGAAUACAUAAUAAUAUUAAAUAGAAUAGCUUAAAUAAUAUUCCAGUUUAUGUGGAACUGAGUAUGCACUUCUGUAUGCUUCAGUAUUCAUUUUUAUACCAUCUACUACACAGGAUUGAUGGAUUAAUGAUUCACAGGUUCUCACAAACAUGCAUCUACCAGUUGGCUUAUUAGCUCUGUGGACCUUUUUGACUGCAGUACCUUUAAUUUUUCAGGGUUUAAUUUCUUGCAAGAAGCUAUAUGUGACCCUUAAGGGGCUCAAGAGGGAGGGUAAAAUAUCCCGGGAGGAACAACGAAUUGUGGUCGUUUCGCCCGCGGACUGAAGUCGAUUCGCCCGAUGACAAACGACAGGGGCGUAGCCAGCUUUUCGACAAGUUGUAGCCUGGCUAGACUACGAGCAGCCUCUCUUUUUCUUCAGAUUUAGUAAGGGGAGUGCAUGCGCACGUGCGUUGAGCGGCGAAGACGCGAGAAACGAGGGCCUCUCCCGUCUCGCGCCUUCAGUCACGCGCGAGGUCAUUUGCACGUCUCGGGCGUUUUACUCGACGGACUAAGAAAAAAGAGAGACUGCUCUUAGUCUAUAGCCUGGCUGCCUUUCAUUUCCGCAUAUCCUGAAAAUUGCACGCAUUGCUGGUACGUACUGACCUCACCAACACUUGGAGUUCUUAAGCUAUUUAGCUCACCCCAGCAACGCAUAAUCAUAGGCUCCUGGCAUAAUUCAUUAUAAGCGAUAGAGUGAUCCAACCAAAAAUUUGAAGGCUUGGGCCUCCAGGUCUGCGGGCUGGCUACGUCCCUGACGAUACUCUACAACACGAAAUGAUAAUUUUUAGUUCAGCUUGGAUACUAUUGCUGCGAUUGCUAAAAAAAGGUCCAGCGAUCUGAAAGGUCUAAACGAUCUCGAUAAUUACACGCGAGAUACUAAAAGACUUUACAUAAAAUUGAGGUCUAAAUGUAAGUCAGCGAUCACAACACAACGAUCGCUUCCUUGAUCUUUAAUAUAUUUUGUGUGAAGUUUUCACUGAAAAAAGGUUGUUGAUCCACAUCCACAGUCACUGUUGUUUCACGCUUAUUCCUUUUUCCAGGAUUUCAGAACGACAAAUAAACAUCGGGGAAUCACUUAAGUCCAGGCGAAACAACCGUGACUUUGGGCGAAACGACCUUUUACCGUAAGAAAUUUCCCUUGAAGAUGGGGGAGGACAGGGUGGUCGGAGUUGUUGAGAACAAGGAGUAGGAGGGUGGGGGGGUGGGGGUUCUAAAAAAGGGAAGCGGGAGAAACAGGGGGAAUUAUACAACAGGGCUAACGGGAGGAAGCAAUGAAAUAGCCACACGGCUUCUUGAGUGGUCGUGGUGGCGUGCGGACGUAGAAAAGAUUGCUCCGGUCCCGCAACCUGUUUAAAGUCGCUUACUCCUUCCCAAAACGAUUACCCCACCCCUCGCUAUUUUUUUUGUUUUGUUUUUUUCUUCUCAAUUCUCUUUGUAUUGUCCUCACAAUCUGAACGCCUGGAACAGGUUACAAAACGAUUGCCUGCCCUAUCGGAACUGGAUCAGUUACUCGAAUACAAUGCGAGUAAAAAUAGGUUCCUAUGGAACGAACAGAACGGUCAACGGAUCAGGCUUCAGAAUUUUAUUGAAAACAGGACAAUCGCUGUAAACAAGGAUCAGGAGGACGACGACGCCAUUGAAUUAAUUAACUGUGUCUACAAAUUCACAAUGUGCCGUCUUCAAGACACUAUCCGUGACCCUGGAUUUCUACUUUAACACAAAGACCCUACAAAUUCAGUGGAAACUAGCGGUGAACUGAGAAAUAGACUUCUCGACGUCUUCAACCUCAGAAUGAAAUCCUGCCAUCUUGAUAACACUAGCAGCGAGCAGCAUUGUUAAGGAGGCACUUAUAAACAAAAGUGAAAUUGAGCAAAAUAUAACGCGCCUUAAGGGACUCCCAACUUUGCAAUUGGCAAAACAGUUGAUCGUGAGUAAGCUAGGUAACUCUCCUUCAAAGCAAUUCUGGCAGCCCUCGUUUGAUUUCAGGUUCUAAAGAUUUAUAUCUAGAAGGAGCUAAGUUGUUCUAAACAAAAUCACUAUAAUCUCACUUGGGAAGAACUUGAAUCAGUUUAAUUAGAACAGAUACAAAUUUAGGGUGUGUAAACAAACGGCAACCGCAAAACGAGUUUGGUUUUCCUAGCAGGACUACGGGGCCGGGGUAUGGCUGCACUUACACGAAUUUUCAAUUUUCAAAUUCCACCCGAAAAAUUCUAUCAUUAUUUUUUUUUCCUUUAGAAGCAAAUUUCUUGGAUAUAGUAAAGUUUCAAAGCAAGUCAAGAGUAAUUUGCAAGUAAGCAAAAUGGACUUGAACUUCAGUCAAGCAUUCCUUGCCAUAAUUGUUCCACUGCGGGAAUCCUUGAUGCACUCGUUAAGGAGACUAUAAGGAAAAGAGGUCACAGUCACGCGUACGGAUCGACCCUUGAAAACAAAAAAAGAAAACUGUUACAAUAAAAUAGACGCCGUUGAAGAAAACACUCGUACAUCAUCUCUUCAUAAACAUGAAGAGAGAAAAAAAGACAAGGAGAAAACGAGGACAGUUGGCUUGACACUCCCCCACUAGGCUUACACCUGUCGGAACACGAAAACCCAGCCCAAAUUUCAAUGGGACGGCAAAACAAAUCCAUUCAAGAAACCACGAGUUUUGUUCAACAAUGGCCUCUUGGUGUCGCUUAAGGUCAUGUUAUCUUUUUCUGACUUCUUAAAAAGUACCCUUUUAACACAUUUCCUUUUACACUUGAAACUUCUUCAAAACGUCGAAAACAAAACCCGGGCCACGGUUUUAAAAUUUAGUCCGAGAUCCCUGAGGGUAAUUGGGGGCCAUGUAAGGAUUAUAUCCUGAAACAGUCAGAAAUCGUGGUAGUUUAAUUUUCUUUUAUCUCACUUUCAAUGAACCAAUAUUCGAUUAACUGGAGACAUACAAUGAAAAUAACAGAAUAUUUUCCCAAAAAAAUUGGACCACGUGCGGGUGAUCAUGCAAACCACGUGUUGCUGGAAACAUCUGGACAGCACCUGAUUGCGCAAUGACUGACGUGACGUCAAAAGUUUGAAAAAGCUCGCGAUGAUGUAAUGGCGCGACCUGUCGAAACAGAUGCGAGCAGGCGAGAAUGGCCGCGUUUUAUCGCUACUCCUGUUUAUGGCACGGUUGUGGCAAGCAGUGUACAUCUUUAUUAGACUUAAUCGACCAUAUCGAAGUAGUGCACAUAGAGAAGGACCCGAGAGUUCUCGAGAAACAGGAAGCGGCUCAACCUGCGGCCUUACCGCUUUCCUACAUCAACUGUUUCUUCACCGAUGCAGCACGCAAUGCCAUAAAACAGAAGGAGCCAGUUUUGAGCGUUACAGAACCUUCAACGCCGAGCCCCGACCACGGUGUUAUUAAGAAGAAACGCUCUACUCCUCCUAAAAUCACCCUACAAACAAUUAGUAACUCCGAUGUACUUGACGGGGGAGAUGAUGAUGGAAAUUUGAGCGACAACAGCGACGAUUCUUGGACUUCAGAUAGCUUCGCAAGCGACCUGGUGUUGAAUGCUGUGGCAACGGACGAUGGCGAAGGAAAGCGAUAUAUUUGUCCGGUUCCUGGUUGCGGAAAGCGAUACAAGAAUGUUAACGGGAUUAAAUAUCAUGCGAAAUAUGGACACCGAAAGGACACAAACAGACCCAAAAUAAAAGCUCACAAAUGCCAUUGCGGGAAAAGCUACAAAAGCCCAAGUGGCCUACGACAUCACAUAGUAACGCAACAUUCUACGACCCCCAAGCACUCAGUGCCUCAAGAACUCGAAAAUGUAGCGUGAAACUGGGCUUACAAGAUAUAAUUUGAGUGUGAAUGGGCGAAUUUUGAGCAGAUUUCUUUUAAUACAAGGUUUGUCCCACUGGGAACUUUGUUGUUGUCUGCACACGAAACAGCUGUCGCCUUCCUUCUCAUCUUUCUUUUUUAUUGGUUGCGAUGAAGAAAGUUUUGAAAUGUACUGGGGUUUUUUUCUACACCAGCGAUCGCUGUUGACGGCUCUCAGAUUGGAUUGUACAGUUUUACGGCAAGAUGGUCUUGGCUUCCUAGAACAUUUGGUAUAGUGCUAAAUCGAUCCUUGGGGAAUGUUGUGGUCGGUAAGGGAUAAUCAAUUAACGACGGCAGAUGACAGUCUAUUGACACCACAAGAAUGAACUAUUUUGGGGGGUUUUCAAUAGCAACCGUGUUCUUGUGUCCUGGGGAAUGUGUCAGACACAUAGAAAUAUGAAUGAUGUUGGUGAGAUUUUGUUGUUUUUGACCCCAAAGUUUUUGAGAAUUCCAAAACCAUGGCCAUUUUCACCCUGAUAAAUUAUUGUAAAUUAUAUUGGCGUACAACGUGAAAGGUACACGUAUAAACCCGAUGCAAAUUUAUUUUGGCUUGAUGUAUUUUUGUGGGUGAAUUUCUUCAAUUUUUUCGGUCACUUUAAAUGAAGAGUUUGUAGCUUAAGUCAGAGAAAUUUCAACUUUUAUCUGGAAAGGAUAGAGUUUAUUUAUGAGAAAGUCUUAAUUAUGGAAUAUUUAGCAGAGUAUUUAGAAUUCAUCUGUCACUUGAAUAUUACAAAAAGGGAAGGUUGUAAAUAAACAUUAGGUUACAUUGUGAAUAUAUAAAAAAAAUCUUUAAUAUAAUUUAAAAUGUUAAGAUAUAAGUUAUUAAAUUAUGGUAACACCUUAUAAUUCCGAUUUGUUUUCACCAGCUUUUAACAAUUCAUGAGACAUAAAAAUGUUCAUCACAACAACAAGAAUAUUCUCAGUUUCACUGACUGCUAUUAUUUAUAGAAGUAGUGGUAGAGACUGAUCUGUACUGUCAGCAGUGAUCAUGAGAGUUAUUAAAGACGAGAAUGAAACAACACACCGACAGUUCUGAGUGUAUGAGUCUGUCCACUCAAGCAGCCCAUAGCAACUAACUCUUACCUUUGGGUAACCAGGUAACCAAAGCAUUAUAUUGGGCACUUAUAGAGAGGAGAAUUCAUAAUGUCAUGUUGCCAUAGUGGCAAAUUUUCUGGAUCUCAACAAACUGUGGUCUUGCCAAUAUGACAGAAAAAAACAAAAAAAAUUGACAUGUAUUACUUUCCUGUGCAUGAUUGCAUUAAGAAACAAAAUAGUAAACCAUACUUUUUUUCCAUCGUUCGACAAUGCAAAUGGCCAUCUCUGUCAAGCAGGAUUGUUGAGUUCCAGAUCUUGUUCUACUAUGGUAAUGUGAGGUCACACUUCUCAUCUCCAUGUUACAGUGAACUCCUUAGCAAUGAAUGACCAAACCGAAAAAGACUUCUUGAAAUUCUAGGCUUAAGGGUUCUCUGGAAUUUUUCUUAGAGCAGAGCCUUGGUUUGUGUUGGUCCUUUCUAAGCAAUUUUAGCCUGCGUAGCAAGCGUUUCCGCGCAAGUUCAUCAAGGAAAUUAGGACAAGAGCAAAAACAGGUGCUAUAACUUGACUGGAACCGCUUGCUACGCAGGCUAAAGCAAUGUAUGAUUUUCUACUGUUCAAUCAUUAGAGGUGGCAAAUGGUAAAAUAAGGGGAAAUGCAAAGAACUUGCUAAACUGAGAAUUGGAGUCUUAGCUGGAAAAAUUCUAGCGUGCGUGGCCGGCAUUGAAAAGGGAAGGGGGAAGGCCAGGCAGGCUAGAAAAAUUCCAGAAGUUCUAGACUGCAGGAAACUUGCAAAAGUAAGACACAGGACUCAUCACAAUUGUUUCCAGGACUUUGAGACUGGACAAAAACCAAGUACAAUUUGCAAACCCAAACCUUUGACCUAAGACUGCCCGAAAGGGAAUUUCCAACUUUCAUCUUUGUAUUACAGGCUAAUCUCCAUAGCCGAGAUGAUUUAAAAUUGCAGUGUUACUACUGGCAUCAUGAAUUAGUGUCUGUUUACAGCCAGUCUGCAGGCCAGUCAAAUACUGUAGUUUAUUGACAGAGGUUAAGAGUUACUUCU